ACAAUCAACCCAAUGAUCAUGUGGCAGCAAUUCAUCGACAUUGGAACGUGAGAAUAUAGUGAAGAGCUCCAGCUAUAUCGACUCCACGAGCACCUCCAGAUUCAUCACUACAGAUCUACAGCGAACGCCUCCGUCACUGAAUACAGGCCAAGUAUUGCGCAGUCUUCAUUGACCUCUUCCUGUCCCAAGUCUCAACACCGUGACAGCUGCAACAAUGGACUCCGAGAAGGCAUGGGAGACCGAAGGCGCCGCCAAACUAGUCGACCCACACCGCGAUGCACUCUACAACUACAACGCCGACGAACAGAAGAGGAUAGGGACCGAGAAGCCAUGGAAGCAAGAUCCUCACCACUUCAAGUAUGUGCGCAUCUCGGCGGUGGCGCUUGUCAAGAUGGUGAUGCAUGCAAGAUCGGGAGGCGAGAUUGAAGUGAUGGGUCUGAUGCUCGGAUACGUUGAACACGAGACAUUCAUCGUCACGGAUUCAAUGCGUCUGCCAGUCGAAGGAACGGAAACACGGGUCAACGCGCAAGACGAGGCGAACGAAUACAUGAUCAACUUUCUUUCACGGUCGCGAGAGUCGGGACAACUCGAGAACACAGUCGGCUGGUACCACAGUCAUCCAGGCUACGGCUGCUGGCUGUCCGGCAUCGAUGUAAUGACCCAGCAUACUCAGCAGAUGUUCACCGAUCCUUUCCUCGCCGUCGUCAUCGAUCCACAUCGGACGAUCAGCGCUGGCAAGGUCGAAAUCGGAGCAUUCCGCACAUACCCAGAAGGCUACAAACCUGAGGGUCAAGUCUCAGCAGCAGAGGGGAUGGCAGCAGUUCCAACGGCAAAGGCGCAGGAUUUCGGUGCGCACGCGAACAGAUACUACUCUCUAGAAGUUUCGCACUUCAAAUCUACCCUGGACAACAAGUUGCUGGAGGCGUUGUGGAACAAGUACUGGGUGCAAACGCUGUCUUCUUCUCCACUCGACACGAAUCACGACUACGUGACGGCACAGAUCGAGGACCUCACAGCCAAGACGAAGCUUGCCCAGGAGAACGAACAGCUGAGUAAGCUGGCCAAGGCAGCCGAGAAGAUCGCAAACGAAGAGAAAACUGGAUUGAUGGCAUCGCUGGUCAAGGAGAAGGUGUUCGCUGGCCACGCGCCUCACGUCGCACAAGUCUCUGCUGAGUUGGACGCGAAUGGCACUGAUACCCAAAUGUCUGAGACUUCGUAA